AUGUCGUUUGGCGUGUGGAGUGUUUGUCUGCUGCUGCAGGGGGCGACGGUCCUCGGAGUCACGUGGGCUCAGACGGAAGAGGCAGUAGUGACGGAGGAGGUUUACCUGGAUCUGGAGAUAGAGGGCGCGCCUGCAGGUCGCGUCAUCAUCGGCCUCUUCGGAGCCACCGCGCCCAAGACCGUCCGCAACUUCGUCGCUUUGGCAACGCACGAGGCAAGCCAUAGUUCUACCACAAGACCCAGUGGGAGUUACGGCUACAGAGGCUCGAAUUUCCACAGGAUCAUCCCAAACUUCAUGAUGCAAGGAGGAGACUUCUCUAUCGGAGACGGAGCUGGAGGCUACAGCAUAUAUGGAGGCAAUUUCAGAGACGAGAACUUCGUUCUUGGCCACUACGGACCAGGCUGGGUGUGCAUGGCCAACGCCGGGCCCGACACCAACGGAUCUCAGUUUUACAUCACCGUCGUCAAGUGCCCGUGGCUUGACGACUCGCACACCUGCUUCGGAAAGGUCCUGGAAGGAAUGGAUUUGGUGUAUCGUGCUUCAAACACUCCAACAGAUGAGAAAGAUCGCCCACUGCAGCCAGUGGUGAUCACCGACUGUGGAAAACUGAAGAUAUUCCAACCAUUCGUCGUGGACAAGGCCGGCGUGGAGCUGUGA